CGCCCACUGACGUUUCGCACUCUCGUCAGGAUUUCCGCAUCGCCAUAUUGGUUCGGUUACAUCAGUGCAAGGCUUCAUGUGAGGGGCAACAUCACCACCAUGAUAAUGACUCUCUGACCGCUGUGAAAUCGACCUUUGGAACCCUAGGUACGAUUGCGACCUUCAGUAGCAGGAAGGCAUCCUGAGACCAUGCUGGCACGUCUGUUCAGGCUCCACGGCCUGCUAGUGGCCUCCCACCCCUGGGAGGUCAUAGUGGGGACCCUGGCUCUCACUGUCUGCCUUGUGUCUAUGAACAACCUUUCAGCCAGCAACCAGAUGUGCAGCUGGAAUGACUGUCCCAAAGUCGAGGAGAAAGUCCAGAGCAGUGACAUUAUCAUUCUGACAGUCACCCGCUGCAUGGCCAUCAUUUAUAUCUAUUUCCAGUUCAAGAAUCUCCGACAACUUGGAUCCAAAUAUAUACUGGGUAUUGCUGGAUUAUUUACUGUGUUUUCCAGCUUUGUCUUCAGUACCGUGGUUAUCCACUUCUUUGGGAAAGAGCUGACAGGCCUUAACGAAGCCCUACCGUUCUUUCUCCUGCUUAUCGACCUGUCCAAAGCCUGUGCAUUAGCCAAAUUUGCUCUCAGCUCGAACUCUCAGGAGGAGGUGAGGGAGAACAUUUCAGAGGGCAUGGCCAUCCUGGGCCCCACGUUUACUCUUGAUGCUCUGGUCGAGUGUCUGGUUAUAGGAAUUGGAACCAUGUCAGGUGUGCCUCAGUUAGAGAUCAUGUGUUGUUUUGGCUGUAUGUCUGUCCUGGCCAAUUACUUUGUCUUCAUGACGUUCUUCCCUGCAUGUGUCUCCCUGGUUCUGGAGCUGUCAAGGGAAAGUCGUGAGGGCCGCCCCAUCUGGCAGCUGAGCCAAUUUGCCCGUGUGCUGGCUGAAGAGGAGGAUAACAAGCCCAACCCUGUGACCCAAAGGGUGAAAAUCAUUAUGUCUCUGGGAUUAGCCUUGGUUCAUGCACACACUCGACUAACAGCCGAGCACUCAGGUCAGAAUCGCACAGAAGAAUUACCCAUAGCAAAGAGGCUGGAAUCUGCUGGUACCCAGUGGCCUGUGAAGCUCAGCAGCAUGGACCUGGAGCAGGUGAUAACCCUCGGCCUUGCUCUGCUUCUAGCUGUGAAAUAUGUCUUCUUUGAGCAAGCAGAGACGGAGUCUUCGCUGUCCCUCAAGAGUCCUAUUAUCAGCUCCCCUCCAACCCAGAAGCCCUGGGUGGCAGAGGACUGCUGCAGGAGGGACCUCCCAGCCCCCAAACCCCACAAGACCUCAAAUGGUAUCUUGGCAACCAGCCCUACCUUCUUACCUGUCUCCGACUGUAAGCUUUCCCCUGAGGUUGACAUGGCAGUCAGAGAGAAGGAAGGGAUUCAGCCUUCAGCAGGUGUUUCAUGUUAUGGGGAGUCCCUCGCUCAGACACCUUGUGUUCCUCAAAGUGUUCCAGAGCCCCGAUCGCUGGAGGAGUGUAUGGCCAUCCUCUCAGAUCCUCAAGGAGGUGCUCAUUUGCUCAGCGAUGCAGAGGUGAUGAACCUCGUAACCUCACGUAAAAUCCUGAACUACAAACUAGAAGCUGUCCUUGAGACUCCAGAGAGGGGCGUGGCCAUCAGGAGACAAAUGCUAUCACCCAAACUUCCCAUCCCCGCUGCCUUGGCCUGUCUGCCUUAUAAGGACUACGACUACUCACAGGUGAUGGGUACUUGCUGCGAGAACGUCAUCGGCUACAUGCCAGUGCCGGUAGGUGUGGCCGGUCCUCUUUUGUUGGACGAGAAGCAGUUUUACGUUCCCAUGGCGACCACAGAGGGCUGCCUGAUCGCCAGCACCAACAGAGGAUGCAGAGCGCUUUCUCUGAGCGGGGGCUGCAGCAGCAGGAUCCUGGCUGACAGCAUGACCAGGGGACCUGUGGUGAGGCUGCCCUCAGCUUGCCGGGCUGCAGAGGUCAAAGUCUGGCUGGAGACCUCUGACGGAUUUAGCCUGAUCAAAGAGGCCUUCGACCAGACCAGCAGGUUCGCUCGUCUGGAAAAGCUGCUGGUUUGCUUAGCCGGCAGAAACCUGUACAUUCGCUUCCAGUCUCUGACCGGGGACGCCAUGGGCAUGAACAUGCUCUCCAAGGGGACUGAGCAGGCUCUGCACAGACUCCAGCAGCAGUAUCCAGACGUGGAGGUGCUGUCAGUCAGUGGCAACUACUGCACUGACAAGAAGUCUGCUGCCAUUAACUGGAUUCUGGGCCGGGGCAAGUCUGCCGUGUGUGAGGCCACCAUUCCUGCCAGGGUGGUCCAGGAGGUGCUGAAGAGCAGUACAGCUGCUCUGGUGGAGCUGAACGUUAAUAAGAACCUGGUGGGCUCAGCCAUGGCUGGCAGUAUAGGAGGAUUUAACGCUCAUGCUGCCAACAUUGUGGCAGCCAUCUACAUCGCCUGUGGACAGGACCCGGCUCAGACGGUGGGGAGCUCCAACUGUAUCACUCAGAUGGAGGCUGCUGGUCCAACGGGGGAGGACCUGUACAUGAGCUGCACGAUGCCCUCUAUAGAGCUGGGAACAGUGGGAGGAGGAACCAACCUGCCACCACAGCAGGCCUGUCUGCAGAUGCUUGGUGUUCAAGGUAGUAGUCCGGACCAGCCAGGUGAGAACGCCCGGCAGCUGGCCCGUGUAGUUUGUGCCACCGUCCUGGCGGGGGAGCUCUCCCUGAUGGCAGCUCUAGCCGCCGGACACCUCGUCAAGAGCCACAUGACCCACAACAGGUCUAAAACAAACCUAUCAGAGGUACCUUCAGAGUCAGCUGCGUGACGUUGAACGACGGUCCAUCCUGAGUGACUGUGUCUUCAAAUGACGGGGUUCUCAAGUUAGCGCUGCAGGACGUCCUCGUAUCAGACUGCUAAUAAACAACCAACACCUGCUUGCUUUCAUGUGCCACCUGACUGCAAGUUUUUUUUUAUGGUGUUGAGAUGUUUCUUUGCGACUACUAAUUUGUGCCAUUUGUCUGCGUCUUUUUAUUGGUGUUUGAAGAAGCCUUUAAUUUUGGUCUGUCAGACCACCGUGAAUCACUGACAGUGUUUGGAUCGGUCAAAUCCGCCGUGCUGCUCAAGAAUCCUGUGCCUCCUAAGAGCUGCACGGCCAAAAGCAGACAGCUUUUCUCAUUAUACAGAGGACGGAUACGACUUCUGACUAAAUUCUUGUGCGGUUUUUACGUGUAAAAUGCAUGAGGUGAGAUCAAGUGGAACAUUUUUUUUCUUGAGAAAUGGAUCUUUGCACUUGCCAAACGCUUACUUGAGACAGCGCUGUUCAUGUCAUAGAUGACUUCUGUUGAAAAUGCCAACUUUAUACCUGAAUGUAUGUUGUACUCUCAGUGUUGUAGAAUGAACGAAGGUGCUACUGUAUACUGUGUAUACUGUAGACUGAUCCAACCUGUUGGAAUUCUUGUUUCCAAGAAAGAAAAAACAACAGAAAUGAGUUUUCGGUCUGGGUGUGGUUCUGAUCAACCACCUACCAACACCAGUCGUUACGGGCCACUUUCUUUUGUGUAAGAAAAAUGAAAGCCAUAUUAUUUUAUUCAAUUUUUAUGGUAAAUUAUAUGACCAGAAGUAUUGGAGGAUUUAUUUUAGUGUGGUGAAUAAAAAAGGUUCUUGUAUCGUCAUUUUCAGAAAGCGGUGGAGCUUAGAAGUGGCCUUACAUACAGUACGUCUUAGCACGCUUUAGAUAGAAUAUGCAAUUUUCAAGCAAAUGUCAAGAUUGUUCUGUCUUAUUUAAAAAAUAAAUAACACUACUUUACCUAUA